UGUGCCUCAUAAUCCCUCAUUUAUGUAAACUACUGUGUUUGUAGACAUGCUCAUCUCAGAUCAGCACCACAAGGUCCCUUUCUCCACCCUUCUUUCUAAUCUAUAAAUACGGGUGUGUUCCUGCUUCAGUUGCUCUUUCAAUUCACCUUUCUUUCUCACACGUUUGUUUUAGAAUGGCAGAAUCGGAGUACCUCGACUACACCUGCCUUCUCUGCACAGACACCCAGCGAGACCCCGUCACCAUCCCGUGUGGAGACACCUUCUGCCUGGAGUGCAUUAAGAUCUACUGGGACCAUUCUGACCACCUCGGUAUUUACAGUUGUCCGCAGUGCCAGGCGACCUUCACUCCUCGGCCCAUACUCAGACGUAAUGUACCCCACGUAGGCAACCCGGAGCCUCGGCCGCCCCGGCGCGAGCUCACCCCAUUUCCAUACUUCAAGCGUGAUGCUUUGUGUGAUUUCUGUACUGGUCAGCGGAACAAAGCAGUUAAGUCAUGCCUGAUGUGCCUGGCUUAUUACUGUGAGACACACAUCAAACCUCAUUACGAAUCAGCCACAUUUAAACGGCACAAACUGGUGGAUGAGACGGGACACCUGGAUCGGAAGAUCUGCCCACAGCAUGAAAAAGGCUUAGAGCUUUUCUGCCGCUCAGACCAGAUGUGCAUCUGUGUUCUGUGUACAGUUAGAGAACAUCGCAGCCACAACAUAGUCAGCGCAGAUGAUGAACGCACGGAGAAACAGAAAAUCUUGGUGGCAACUCAGACAGAAGUUCAGCACAUUAUCCAGGAUCGGAUGAAAGAACUUCAAGAACUCAGACACAAUGUAGAUGUUCUCAAGGGAAAUGCACAGCGGGCUCAGACAGACAGUGAUAAAAUCUUCAGCGAGAUGUUACAGGCGGUAGAGCGCUGGCAUGCUGAGAUAAGACAACUCAUACAGGCCAACCUACAGGCCUCCAUGAAUCAGGCACAGGGUUAUGUAGAGAGACUUGAACAAGAGAUCAUGGAGCUUCAGAAGAGAGAUGCUGAACUACGUCAAAUACUGGACACAGAGGACAACAUUCACUUCCUACAGAACUUUCCCACACUAUCUGUUGCACCGGAGCCCAUGGUGCCCAAAGUGCUGAUAAACCCAGAGUUUUCCUUUAGUGAGAUCACCAAGACUGUCUCUGACAUGAAGGAACACCUGGACGAAAUCUGCAAAAAAGAGCUGGGAAACAUCUCCAAACGAGUGAGUGACACCUCAGUCUAUAUCCUUAUUCCGAGAUCUGGAGGACGUUUGAAUGCUAAGAUAAAAACUGAUUUGCAAGAGCCUAAAACAAGACUGGAUUUCCUCAGAUGUUCUUGUAAACUUACAUUUGAUCUCAACACUGCCUAUAAAGAGUUGGUCCUUUCAGACGGGAAUCGCCGGGUGGUCCGCAAAAGAACAACCCAGUUCUACCCAGAUCACCCAGAGCGGUUUGAUGGGUUUUGCCAGAUCCUGUGCGAGCAGCCACUCAGUGGAAUACGGCAUUACUGGGAGGUGGAGUGGAAUGGUGAAUUUUCCAUUGGAGUUGCCUACAAGAGCAUUAGCCGCAAAGGCAAGAACUCAAACAGCCUUCUGGGAUACAACGAUAAAUCCUGGAGCCUCCUAUGCUCAGACUCGGGAUACUCUGCCUGGCACAAUAAGAUGGAUAAAGAUCUGCCAGGUGCAGCUCGUGCCUCACGGAUUGGUGUGUACCUGGAUUACGCCAGAGGAUCUGUGUCCUUUUACUCUGUGUCUGAGACAAUGGAGCUCAUCCACAGAUUUCAGGCCAAGUUCUCAGAACCACUGUAUGCUGGGUUUGGCGUUGGAUCAUCAGUAACUCUGUGCAUGCUAGAGAAGAACUACCGAACAUACCACUAAUGAGUUCUUUCAGACAGAAUCUUGGAAGGGUGAACAGUCAAACAGGCAAAAUUUGAGGAAUGAAACUGAACUGAAGACCAAGGACGUUUCCAGGUCACAUUUUACAAUUUAAGAAAGAAAAAAAUGUAUAUUAUUAAUUUGCAUAAAGAAAAUGUCCACUAUUAGGACUCUUUGCAUUGUAACUAUUAAUAUUUUCAGGAGAAUUAGGCUCAUUUUACCCCCCAAUUCUUAUUGCUGUAAUUCAAAAUACAUCCUCUCAUUCUUACAUGUAAAAAUACUGAUACUACCUUUUUAGUAAAUUUGUUAGAAAUUAAAAUACUGUGCUUACAAUCCCCACAGCCUUGAUUUAAUUUCUUGUCAACCAUUAAAUAUAGCACUAGUAAUUAGAAUAAUCAUUUAAACAGAAUGGAAAUGGGUGUCAAAAUGGGACUUGGACAUUUCUUAAUUUUUGUAAGAUUCUAAAAACAAUAAAUAAAAAUUUGCAGUAAAAAGUUUGUUAAAAAACAAAAACAAAGCAGACAUGAAGUGUCAUUUCAAAACCUGCAGCCAAUCAAACUUAACACACAUUCUGCAAUCUUUGAGUUUAGAAAAGAUAGACAAUGCAGCUACAUUAUGAGAAAAUUGUGUAUUUGAGUGAUUAUGAGCAUGUGCAAAUAAAACAAACCUUCUUGUCAUUAUUGUUUAUUGUCCAUUUGAAAGGUUUCAAAGAGAUUUUCAGUAAUUUCACCCAUCACCAAAUAAACAGAAAUAUGUAGAGAUGAAAGGAACAAUUUCUUUAUACAUGGAUUAGAAACAUUCAAAUGCAAAUCCAGCUUCCUCUAAAAUUAACUGUACCUCUCAUCUUUUAAGACAUGGCUACACUUGUUUCAUUAAUCCCUAAAUAUUGCUCCUUCCUCUCUCUUGAUUGUCUUACAUCUACGCUGAGCUGUUACUGUGGCAUCGUUUCCUAAAGCACAAGGUCAAACCAAUGACAUAUUCUCAUUGGAUGAAUAACCAUACUUAACCUUAUCAUUUAAAACAGGACAAAUUUAAUCUGCUCACCAGUAUACAGUCAACUCACAGAGGACAAGUACAAGUAGAUUAUGAGCCCUGAUUUCCAAAGGAGUCUCCAUAUUACCAACAGAACGAACCAAUCAUCAUCAUCACCGAAAAAUUUCACGUUCACCCCUUCAAACAGAAAAUUUGAAAUAGGCCUCAACAAGUUAUUGUAAAUGUCCACAACCAUAAUGCCGCCACAUGAGU